GUUUUUCAAUAUGACCGAGCACAAGAUAAUGUACUACGAGUGAACCUCCCCAAUUAUCAUAAGUGUAAUGCCGCGAAUCCUAUCACGACUUACUCUUCGGGCAACGACUCCAUCACCAUCAGAGGCCCGGGUCAUUACUAUUAUAUUAGUGGUUUCCCGGGCCACUGCCAGACGGGUCAGAAGAUUGAUGUUAGGGUUCUAAAAGUUUCUCCACCCGCUGAUCUCCCAAGCCCAAGCGCAAGUCCAAGUCCAGCUCCAGCAGUAGCCUCAUCAUCAUCUACUACUAGUGCACAUCUGAUUGCACCUAGCCCAAUCAGCAAAAGCAGUGCCGCAUUGUUCACAAAUAAUGGACUUGGUCUUGGGCUUUGCCUUACUUUGUUCAUGUUUGUUGUUAGUGCAGAUUAUUUACUUUAAGAAAAUUGUACUGGGCUAAUCUGAUGUUGUAGUGGUAAUGUUCAUGGACUAGAGAAUUUUGGGGAUAUACCCAUUGGUUCAUUGCUUAUGUUUGGGUUUUUCUUGUAUGGAGAAGAUGAAAGAUUCUAAUUUAGAGUAAACUACAUAAAGUAGAACUCUUCAGUAGGUAACUACUAGAACAUGAGUUUUAUAAAUUAUACAAUCUGUUUGAGUUUCA